ACAAGCCAGCAGUGAAACUAGGCGUUUCCCGAACGUUCGAUGCGAACCCAAAACCUUCCUUCCCCACGACUGCUAUAAAUGUUGGGAGUACUCGCAUCUUUACUCGAUCUGGUCCCGACGGAAAGGGGUUUCCCAAUAUUGGUCCGCCUACCGAAGUGCAUGGUUUGAGGCAGUCUGGAGCUCUAAUGUUACGCAAGUAUCACAAAAUAGCCAUUUUGGGCUGCCGCGGGGUAUGAAACAUCUGCUCUUAAGGCUUAAGCACAUGUUUCGAAACUCACGCAGCUCCCAACCUAUUGGCUGAAAGCCAGCGUCAUUCUCCACCUAGGAAGGUUCUCCGGGCUGGAGUCGCUCGGUUUCGUUUUCCUGAUCUCUGGCUCUGUUUCUUUUUUCUGAUCUCCCGCAGGCCCCUCGUCCCUCAAGUAGCCUCGCCCUCUGCUUUCCUUGAGUUUGGCGGCGCAGCCCUGCCCUCUCUGGUUGUGAGACGCUCCGCAGAGUUUGGGUCUCCCGGGCAGCUAUGUCGUCCGAGGCCGUUUGCCUCGACCUGCAGCCCCGCUCCUACGACGGCGCCGACAACGAGGAGAAGGGCUCCGCCGGCCUCAAACCUGCCUCGCGGAGACUCGCGGGGGAGCAGCCCAGUGACUAUUUCCUCUGGUCCUUGUUCAACCUUUUAUUCUUAAGCAGCUACUGCUUCUGCUGCCUCAGCUUCAGCGCCCUCGUCUUCUCCAUCAAGGCAAGGGAUCGUAAAGUUAUUGGAGAUCCUGAACGCGCAGCUAGCUAUGGGAAGAAAGCCAAAUACCUGAACAUCGCUGCCUGCCUUAUAGGCAUUGGAAUCACUGUUACUUGUUUCGUUGCAAUAAUUUUAAGUGCAGAAAAUAUGCUUAAAUUGGUCAGAGAAAUGAGGGAGAAACCCCAAUUAUUACAGCCAGAUCAAUGAAGAACAAAUAAUUCACCCAAGAUAUCAUUACCAAACAUUUUUUACUGCAUAUUGGCUGCAUCACUUUUCUAUCUCCUGUAUAUUUUCCCUUGUCAAAAGGAGGAUUCUGUGUAGUUUAGUACAAUUUGCCAUACUGACAGCAGGUUGCCUCUAGAAUAGAGUUUUUCAAUUGAAUUCUGCAAAGCUCCAUGACAACUUGACAGCAUUCACGAGAGAUUUAGAACCAAGCAAACAAAAUUCAAUUCAGUACAGCCAGUGGUAUUCAAAGCAACUUUUCUAAGGAAAAGCAAUCACAUCCCAAUAACUGAACAUUGAUUUCUACAGUUAAAACGUUAAAUUUCCAAGUAAUUGUGUAAGUUUUUGUGCACUAGAAAUGUUAAUUUUGCAUUUAUAAUACUUUACUUUUUAUACUAAGAUAAUUGGAGGAAUCAUGGGAGACUAGUUAAGAUAUCAGUUAUUUUGAAAUUAAAAUAAAUCACAAAAAACACAAA